CAACCACAACAACAAAAUCUUCCUCAGUCCGCACACCUGAAUCAAGCGGUUCACGUCGAUAAAGUACUUUUCUACCAUGAUCGCGGUACGAUCAUUCUCGCUGGUACUGUUUCUAGCCGUCCUCAGCGGUACCCUAGCCAAAUUUCGGGUCGUACGCGAAUGGAACUACGUUAAUUUCACAUGGCCUGACUCGGAAACCUACCAAAACGCCUUCUUGCAACAAGGAUAUAUUCCGGAGAAUAAUAUUUUGGCUGGAAUCAAGUACUUUGAAGGAUUUUACUAUGUAACUCAUCCUAGAAUGAGGAACGGGGUUCCUGCAACUUUGUCACGUAUUCCUGCAGGGAACACUAACGAUACUUCACCCUUAUUCACCCCCUACCCUUCCUGGGAGAUGAACAACUUGCAUGACUGUGAUUCAUUGCAAAAUGUCCAGAAUAUCGAGAUUGAUCCAAAGGGUCAAAUUUGGAUUAUAGAUGGGGGUAGGACAGAGACCCUAGGAAGGAGUCCGGUGGUUAAAUGUAAACCAAAAUUGGUUGUGUACGAUAUUAAGGAGAUGAAGACUGUUUUCACUUAUACUUUUCCGGAAAAUGUAGCCAGUUUUAAUGGUAGUUUCUUGUAUGACAUUGUGGUGGAUGAUACGGAUGGUGGGUUUGCGUAUAUCACUGAUAAUGGAGGCAGAGAUCCAGGCAUCAUCGUUUAUUCGGUCAAGCAGAACCGCUCCUGGAAGAUCCGCCAUUCCCAAUCCAUGCACGCCGACCCCAACGCAGUCUUCUUCAAAGUCAACGGCGUAGGAAUCAACGCACCCCUCAACCUCGCCAGCAUAGCCCUGGGCCCCAAACUAAGCACAAACGGAGACAGAGUCGUCAUCAAUGAAGACCGAGAAGUGUUCUACACUCCCAUUUCAUCUCUGCACAUUUAUUCCAUCAACACCAGUGUUCUCAAGAACGACCAUUUUGCUAUGGACGAUGGAGAGUACCAGGGACAGGUAACAGAUCAUGGAUUGAAAGCAUCCCAAACUGUCGGUAUGGUAAUGGAUAAUGAAGGGGUUUUGUACUAUAGUUUACUAGGUAGUAAUAGUAUAGCUAGGUGGGAUAUUCACACACCUUUCCAGACAGGACAGAAGAUUAUAGCUAAAGAUGAAAGGUACCUGGAAUGGCCUAAUUCCUUUGCUCUGGAUAAAGAAGGAAACCUUACUAUACUAGUCAACAGACUUGAGAGAUUCAUUUAUGAUAAACUUGAUUUAAAAGAACCAAACUUCAGAUUGAUUGCAUCAAACGUCGGAGGAAUGAACUACCUCUAUGACGAUUCAUAUUCAUACAACAACCAGGCAGAAUCAAGCAGCACGAGUAGUACGACAGAAUCUGAAGAACUGAAACCUAUCAACACAGGUUUAGAUCAAGACCCUUACUUAUCUCCUCAACCUGAACCUGAACCAAGUGCAAAUUCUGAAGAGGAACAUUCUUCUGAACCUUCACCAGAACCCGAACCAUCGGCAGAGCCUGAGCCUUCACCUGAACCAUCAGGUUCUGAAGCGUCAUCGUCAACUGCUCACUCCACUACAGUUUCAGAAAAUGGUUCUACUAGACCUCUGACUGCUUCUUCAGCUGAUAGAACGACAAGCGGUGUGAUCUUUGGUGUUGUUGCUACAAUAACGAUAUUUUAUGGACUUUAAAAGAGAGAGACUGUGUUGUGAUAAGGUAGUGACGUUUCUUUUGUUGUAGAAAGUAUUUGUAAAUAUGAAAUAUUCCUUUAAGUUUAAUGUAGUGAACUAGUUGUAACUCUUAUUAAUACCGUACGUAUCUUAUGUCCUGUUUAAUGUUUCUGACUACAAAAACAUCUCAAAUUUUGGGCGGAAAUAAUAGAUGAUAGUUUUACCAAAAAAUUCAACACUUGCUCUAGUCAUUUAUGUUUUUAAAUGCAGAAUUGUUUAUCCGUCCGCUCUUUUAUAAAUAUAUACAUAUUUCUAUUAACCAUAAUUUUAAACAAAAUUGUAUAUUUUAAGCCUGUUGUACUUAUUAAAUAAUA